UAUCAAUUUUCCCCACAAUUUACUUAUAUAGGAAUUCUAUCCGGCACAGACGUCCUUCAUUCUGUGAGCUCGGUUUACUGCACAUUGGACGAACGUUAUCAUGGAAAUCUUUCUGGCAUUAGGCAUCGCCUUCCGAGCUUUGAUCAUGACAGUUGGCAUCCCAGGCAACAUCCUCAUCGUCCUCGUGUACGCUCGUAAACGACCCAAAUCCAGUACAGACGUGUACAUCCUGGCGCUAGGUGUGGCAGACCUUUAUGUGUGUCUUCUGAUGCCUCUGAAGAUAUAUUCGUCUUAUAACCAGGAGAAUUAUACCAAUGCAGACCUCUGCAAGCUUACCCAUUAUUGUUCCCUCAUCGGGACAUUUCUGUCUAUGUUCCUAACUAUAUGUAUCACCGUCGACCGUUACUUCGCUGUUUGUAGACCACUGAAAAGGUUUGUGACGCCCAGCCGUGCCCGUAUCACGGUUGUUGUGUGUUUGCUUUUGGCGGCAGCUGUUGGUUCAGUUGCACUGUUCUCGGCUGGUAUAAGGCGUUAUGGCUCCGUCUCUAUGUGCAGCAUAGAUGCUGCCCAUGCAAAUAUCAUUUAUAAAUACAGUUUCCUCACCCUUGGAAUGUACUGUGUGUCUCUCAUAUUCAUCAUCUUUGUAUACACAGCUAUAUACAAAACGUUACGCAAUAAAGCACGGACCUUUAGGGUGUGGUCCCUCCGAUACAGUGACACCAAACUCGAUGAAAGUGGUCGGAAGAAAGUGCGCAUCCUGGACAAACGAGGAAGUAUAACUAAAAUGACUGGUUCAAGAGAUUCGCGGAAAAUUAUUCCCCAUGUUGCUUUCAAAGAUCACAGGAUCAAACCUCAAGUCACUCGCGUGGCUUGGAAGUCAGAGGAAAUCAUCAGUGAUCCUCAUGCAUCUGGACAUCCAGGUGGGAUGAAUGAGGAUGCAUCGACGUCUAGUCAUGAGCAACCACACCGUACCGUUAAAACUAUGACAUCAAACACAACGCACUCCUUCAUGUUAUCGGGUGAUCGAAACAAAGAAAAACUUUCAUCUGAUACGCAAAGUAGCCCAAUCAGUCCUAUACCUGAGCAAGUGAUAAGCACAAUAUACCGAUCGACCCGUGAUCGAGUCCCUUUUCAUCCCCCAUUUUUGGUGGCAGCAAAUACUCACAUUAACAAAUACCGAGAGCGAAUUAAAGCAAACAACAAAAUCUCCAAGAUGAUAUUUCUCAUAACCGUCAUCUACUUCGUGACCUGGGUUCCGCUCAUGGUGUUUCAGUGCUUUCCAACUUGGUUAAUAAUGGCCCUCUUUCAAAAUAAAGCUGGUUUUACGAUCGUCUAUUUGCUAACUCUUGCCCUGAAUGUGAAUCACGCCAUUAAUCCUAUCGUCUACAGCUUUGUUAAUGUGCGAUUCCGAAGAGAAUGUAAGGCUACGUCUGCAUGGAUGAAACGUGCCUGGCCAGGGAAACAGACGUUCUUAGGGGCUACGUGCGGUCCCCGAGGCUGACAUGCAAGGUCAGUCUGGUGGACCUUCUACGCAUUUGUUCGAGAGUUCACGAGUACCAACGGCCCACGAGACCAACAAUCCCAUGAGACCGACAUAUCGGACUCGCUGGCCUUCCGACAACUUUUCUGAGGGUUUACGGGUCGUCCGACAUUGCAGAUCUCGUGGGUUGUCUACGGGGAUGUCCUGGUUCUGAGGAAUGCAAUACGAAUGGUGCCAUCAUGGCCAUCAGGAUCGACCCGUGACACGCGGGCGGCCAAUUCGA